GCAGCCGUCCUCAACGUCAACGAAAGAACCGCCGCACAUUCUCCCUCACGCCGCCUCCGCCUCCCUCCCCUCCCCCUCCAGGCGUCGACGAAGUCGGUAUCCGGCCCGCCACUGUUCUGUUCCUCCCUCCAGCACACACACGCGUGACGUCCGUCAUGAUGCUUCCGUCGACGAGGACAGCGGCCUCAAUGGCCCUGCGAGCCAAGCCCGCAACUUCCCUCGUCCCCUUCCGAGCCGCCGCCGCCUUUACCGCCAGCUCCCGCCGCGAUGCGAGCUCAUUGACUCCCCACGGCGCCGGCGCCUCCGCACUCGCCAAGCCGCGCAAGGAGGUCCCUCUGCCGAGCGAGGAGGGCACCAAGGGCGUCAUCCAAUAUGCGCUCACCUCGCUCGAUGUCAUCGCCAAUUGGGCGCGCCAGUCCUCCCUCUGGCCCAUGACCUUCGGCCUCGCCUGCUGCGCCGUGGAGAUGAUGCACCUCUCCACGCCCCGGUACGACCAGGACCGCCUCGGCAUCAUUUUCCGAGCCUCCCCCCGCCAGUCGGACGUGAUGAUCGUCGCCGGCACCCUCACCAACAAGAUGGCCCCCGCCCUGCGCCAGGUCUACGACCAGAUGCCCGACCCCCGCUGGGUCAUCUCCAUGGGUAGCUGCGCCAACGGCGGCGGCUACUACCACUACAGCUACAGCGUCGUCCGCGGCUGCGACCGCAUCGUCCCCGUCGACAUCUACGUCCCCGGCUGCCCCCCCACCAGCGAGGCCCUCAUGUACGGCAUCUUCCAGCUGCAGCGCAAGAUGCGCAACACCAAGAUUACCCGCAUGUGGUACAGGCGGUAAAGUGAGAGAAACAGAAACCGCAGAAAAAAAACACACACAGGACAUUGGGAUGGGUGAGGAAAGGAGGGUGGCGCCAAAUGAUGUCGCGAUAUCCGAGGGUGACAAAGGUCGGUGAGGACGACGACCGCAAUUACAUGGAGGAGGAGUGAGCCCAGGCUGCAAACCUGGCAUGGAACCGUUGGUGGCGGAGGGCGAAAGAUGCAGCAUCACGUUUUUCCUUUUGUUGGUCUUUCAUUGCUCAUCGGGUGUACACACACAUACAGACAGACACACAGAGGGAGAGGGGGAGAGAGAGAGGGAAACAGACCACGGCGGGGCGCGUAGC